UCAUCGUCUCCGCUUGAAAACCCUACUCAGCCGCACUAUCUCUCUCUCUCUCUCACACAGGUAAGGAAGUGAUUUUGGGUAGAGUUUUCUUCAUUUGCAAUGGCUCCUGCUAAAGCUGACAGCACAAAAAAGUCUGAUCCAAAGGCUCAAGCCUUGAAGGCUGCCAAGGCUGUGAAGUCUGGAGCAACCUUUAAGAAGAAGACUAAGAAGAUCAGGACAUCCGUCACAUUUCAUCGGCCAAGGACAUUGAAGAAGGCAAGGAACCCCAAGUAUCCUCGCAUCAGUGCUCCACCUAGAAAUAAGUUGGACCAUUAUCAGAUUCUCAAGUUUCCAUUGACUACUGAGUCUGCAAUGAAGAAGAUUGAAGACAACAACACCCUGGUUUUCAUUGUUGAUAUCCGUGCUGACAAGAAGAAGAUCAAGGAUGCUGUGAAGAAGAUGUAUGAUAUUCAGGCCAAGAAAGUGAACACUUUGAUCAGGCCCGAUGGAACUAAGAAGGCGUAUGUUAGGUUGACACCAGACUAUGAUGCCUUGGACGUGGCAAACAAGAUUGGCAUCAUCUAAGAUAUAACUUUGUAUCCAGUGUCUUGAGCAAAGUGACUCUGUCCUUCCUUGCUAUGACAGUUUUGAUAGUAAUGAGGCAUUCUGUUAGGACUACAAAUAUCAGUUGGUUAUUUAAAUUUGUAUUGGGAUCUAUAUUUUUUUUACAACUUUUGCAAUUGGAUGCUGAUUAGGAUGAUGUGAGUUAUUUGUGGUGGUGAUUUUCCAUUGGUUACCCUAUCUUUUCUAUUUGCAAUGCCAUU